UCACACACUCCUCCCAGAGGCGAACGCGGCAGCACGUCCUCUCUCUUCCCUUCCUCCCGCCAGAGUGCGUCCACCCGUGUGUCUGUGUACGUGUGUGUGUGUGUGUGAUCCGGGCCAACCUUUCCUUCCUUCCCCUCGGCCGCCACUCGCUCGCUCGCUCGCCCGCGUCCUCCCCUCGCUCUGUCUCCCUCGCACAGUGAAGUGAGCAGCAUCUCCACGAGUCUGGAUAAUAUAAUCGACCUCGCAAUGUGCUAGACGGAAAGAAACAGGGAGGGUUAGAGGUACGAGUGUUAGUUUGUCCACCCUGACCACUGUUAUUGCGACUGACACGAGACAGAGGAGUUGUAAUCAGUGCGAGGUGCCACGAAGAGGAGGUCCUGUGAGGGGAGACGGGGGAGCAGCAUGAGCCAUUGGUGUCCAGCCGCUGCCAGGCCUACACACAAAGACGCAGCUGCCGUGAGACCUCCGCCCCAGUCCCAUCAUCAUUAGCACCAUUGCCACCAUUAGCACGAGCAGCACCAGCACAAGAUACAAGCCUCAAUCAAGCCCCAUUACCUCACCUCACCUCCCGUCGCUGAUUGUACCAUCCUUCUGACUCCUGCUGCGCCUUCUUCACCAUGUCGAGACUCAUAUCGCCACCAUGGUUUCUUCUGCUGCUGCUUCUUCACCUGCUGAGUCCCGUCACAUGCAUGCCAAAGGCUGAGACACCAUCAUCGCCCACCACCACCAUCACCACCACCACUGCCGCCCCCAGCAUCUCCACCACCACCACAAGGGCCAGGGAACAGCGGCAGGAGAAGGAAGAGGAGGAAGAGGAGGAGCUUCCAAGAGGCACCCAGGAUCCCCUUCGCUGGGUCUGGUUGGAUGGCGCCUCCUUGUCGCUGCAGUGGCCGGCGCGCUUCUCCCUGUCCAUCAACGGGGUCGUCACCGCCUACAGACUCGCCCUUACCCACCCCCAGGAGCCGCGCCCCUUCGCCACCACCACCAUGUACAACGCCGACACCCUACGUCACCAGUUUGAGGGUCUCCGGAGCAACGUGAGCUAUGACGGUCAACUGGUGGCUCUGGUCGGCCCCCACCACUGGCCCUACACGCUGCUCAACUUCACCGUCACCUCGCCGACCUUACACACAGGUCUGGGUCUAGGGCAGCGUGCUCACCCCGUCCGGCCCCGCAGCAGCACCGGCGACCUGCAGGACAUCACUGUCUCCGCCACGCUCCGCUGGUCGCCCACGCCCUUCCUCAGAGGCCACGCGGCCGGCGAGGUGGUGAGGCCGGCCGGGUACCGCCUGCGUGUGUGGGACCCCAAGCAGCUCGUAGCCGAGGUGGUCACUGACGCGGCCACGCACGGCCAGGGCUGUGAGGCGGCCGUCGGCGGGCUGACGCUCGACUCCGUGUACAAGGCGACCCUGGACGCGGUGAUGCCCGAGGAGGAACAGGGCACCUCCCUCACCUUCACCCUGGAUGCGGGGGCACUGCACGUGGCCGGCGGGGGCCUUACGACGGACGGAGUGUCGGAGUGUUACUCAGGGCUGCAGGUGCGAUGCCCGGGCUCCGAGCGGUGCGUCUCCCCGUACUGGAUCUGUGACGACGCUGCAGACUGUCCCGACGGUGCUGACGAAGUUGGGUGCGACGCGACCCCCUGUGACGGCUUCCGCUGCUGGGACGACGUGUGCAUCCCGUGGGCGUGGCGCUGUGACGGCCGCGUCGACUGUAAAGAGGGUAAGGACGAGUAUGGCUGCCCCCCGUGUGACCAAGGGGACCUGCGCUGCCCGUGGGGCGGCGAGUGCCUCCCCCAGAACGCCACGUGUGACGGCGUGGCCCACUGCAAGGACGGCUGGGACGAGUCGGCUGUGCUGUGCGGCUCGGUGACGUGCGGGGCCGGUGAACUGCAGUGCCUAGGCGGUAGCCGCUGUGUGCCCCACCAGUGGCUCUGUGACGGCGUACCCGACUGCCCUGCCGGCGAGGACGAAGAUUCUGCCUUCUGCUCUGCCUUUACAGCGUUUAGAGACUCUGCAGUGCUCACUAAUGCCACGAGCGAAAGCACUACUUGUGAAAGCAGACCACCCCCAAAGAGAGUCAACUGUACAGAGGCGGAGUUCCGGUGUGACGCCCGGUCGUGCAUAGAGCGGGAGUACGUGUGUGACGGUGUUCGGGACUGCCACAACGGGAGAGACGAGCUGCCUCAGUCCUGCAGCCUCGCCCCGACCCUGGCGACUACAACGCGCAAGUUCAGGUUUGACUCGGAGGAAGAUUUUAACGACGCUGAAGAAGGCGUGACCUCCGACGAGAACGAGGCAGAAUGCAGCGAACGGGAAGGCGAAUUCUGCGGCAGUGUUGGCACGCAGGCAAGAGGCAAUGAAGGCGGCAGAGAACUGACCACAACGACGGAGAUCAGCCACACACACACCCAGGAAUCCUCCACCACAGAGACCCCCGAACAACCAGUUCUUGACCCUAUCAACGUGAUUGACAAUCGACUGCCAGACAUACGAACCACCCCCUCCAGCACCACCACCAGCACAUCAGCGUCCCCCGAAGACCCCAUCAUACGAAUCAUUGAAGCCAACAUGACCGACAUGGGAAUCAACGAGAUCGAUAUGCGGGUCUUAGAAAACGCAGAUGAAGUCGUCGGGGAUGAGGGAAACAAAACACUUCAUGAUGUAACUGUAAGUGUAGAGGUGUUCUUAGAAGAAGAGGAGGAGGAGGAGGAGGAGGAGGUGAACGGAGAAGGGGAGGUCAAGGAGAAGGAAGAGGAAAAGCUUUCCCCCUCUCAGUCAGAAACAAGCCUCAAUCUCUCCAGCAGCGAGGAAUAUGACAAUGAGGACUUACCCCUCGAAGUAGACAGACUCUCACCAAUUGACUCUGGAAACACAACUAACCCGGUGACGCAGGGCGAGGGAGGCUCCAGGCAAGGCAUGAACAUUACGACCCCUCGGGUACAUGACGAGGUGGCUGAAGAGGAGGUGAACGAUGGCGAACCAGUAGCCGAAGAAAAUGCUAAUAAGGAAAAUGGGACCUUCACUUUGUCCUCUCCCACAAAUGAGCAGAACACAACGACGGACGAAGAGCAGAAGGAUGUCAGUACGGAAGGCGACGCGGGUGACCUGGAAAAGGACGACGAUAGCACUGUCCUCCUCGUUAGCGACAGCCCAGUCACUGUCCCGGGCAAAGAAACGACCGUGACAGAAGCUACAGUUAACCUUCCCCUCUUGCCAAGCGGUAACGACACUCUCCCCUCGCCCUUCAGCACCUCCACGAGUGACAGUCUACACGAUACAACCACGACGACCUUCCGGAUUCCUACCUCAGACGUCAUUUCCACCACUCCGCCAACCAGCACGAGUCACAGUGACCUUACAACCCCUUCAAGCGAGGUCAGGAAGAGCAUGGAAGAGGGCACAGUCUUGCAUCCCGGAGUAGGCAACGCGAGCCUUAUUACUGAAAGCUCAACUCCUGGGGAACCUCAACACCCAGACCGAACAGCCCUUGAGACGACAACGGAGAGUCUAAUCCUCACCCCCACCACCAUUCCUACCAAUACUUAUGCACCCGACUCCAUCACCACCACAACUACUUCUGCUACCACCACAACCUCCACCACAGGCCCAGAGACAAGCCCAUCAGCCGCACCAGCACCCACAGAUCGUACGGAAGAGACAACCACAACAGCCACCACCGACAAGCCAACGACGCCAUCUGCGCCGACUCCCUCACCCACCAACACCACCUUUGCCACGGAGCCGCCGACCCAGGAGGCAAAACACAUGAACCGCACCAUACUGAUCGCCAUCCGUGCGGGGCUGAACGAGAGCGAGGUCCCCGAGUAUAUCAUCCACGGGGCAGACGGAAGCACUUACCCGUAUGAGAUUGUGAGCAUCGUCAGGGAGGAGAUAGACGAGAAGCAGGAAAAGGAGAAUGAGGAUAGAAUGAGCGUUAUAGAGGAGGAGGAAGAGAUGACCAAUGAGAUACGAGGGGAUAGGAGUCACCAGUUUCUGCAGGGAAUACAUAUCUCUUCUGCAAGUCGACUCUCCUCUCCUAGUACUUAUUUCUUCCUCCUGCUCUCUUUUCUUUCCACCCACUUCUUUGCUGUUAAGUGAAUACAGCGACAAAUUUGAUAUUGCGCCUGAAAUCUUUGAAGACUACUCUCUCCUAUCCUUCCGCCUACCCUUUGUCAUAUUUGCCUCGAGAGAAAAGGUAAUACAGUGUCCUACAAACAAGUUUUAUAUCGCUGCCAACUACUCUGUGAAACCUCGGCUUGAGGACACGUCUUAAUAUUACUUCGUGAACUCCACGGACGCGGGGAAAAGUGGAGCAGGAGGAGCAUCAGCUGGUCUGCCUACUCAUAUCACUCCUACCUGAUCGCUCCUCCUCCACACCUGUGCUGAGAGAGAGAGAGAGAGAGAGAGAGAGAGAGAGUGUGUGUGAGUAUGUACACAUUAUAGUAUUCCUAGUUCGUAAGGUAUCGAAUAUGAAGGCAAGGUAACAACAGUUUCAAGCGGCUGCCUCGUCUGCCUGUGAAAUGAUCGGUCAUGACGACGCCAGUGAAAGGUCUGACGCCAAGUAAACACAAAGAAAUCUUCAAUGAGAAACAAUAAGUGUUGGGACAUUUCAUAAAACGAGUGAUGAUGAAAAGUAGAGCGUUGCUGGAUUCUGAGAAUGAGAAUGGUUGUUCAAAUAUCACCAUUCUCGAUGCUGGGCCAAAAUAUACGGAGAAAAGUUUUCCAAGAGUUAGAAAAGAAGAGAAACUUGUUAUGACUCUUAAUGAGGAAACCGUACUUGAAAUAGGUGGAUGGCAUAUCUGAACACAACCAGAGCUAAGGAAAGUGGAACCAGAAAGUGAGCCAAAGAAGUUAAUGAUGAGUUCCAAAAGUGAAGUGAAAUUGAAAGGCGAUGAAAGGGAAAAGAAAAAAAUAGAAAACUUAUCAGUGUUUUGUUCAGGUAAUGGAUCAGGUGCACCGCGAACACUCUUGCCAACGUAGUCGACCUUUUACCGUAAGUAGUCAGCGAAGACGUGUAACAGUUCUCAAAUGUUUUACGAUCUAAGUGUUCCUUUCUUUUGACGUGUCGCAUGAAUCUCGGAGCGGCGACGACCAGGGCGUUGUCUUCAUCAUUUGUUUGUAGCCCUUGGUCUGUCUCCCUAUACUGUAAAAAUAAUAUUCAUAUGUGUUAAACCUUAAGUUGAAUGUAUGUGUGUGUGUGUGUGUGUGUGUGUGUGUGUGUGUGUGUGUGUGUGUGUGUGUGUGUGUGUGUGAUAGUUGUCUCCGUCUUUUCAACGCUCGGCGACACAGCGAAAGACUCUUCAGGGCCUUGCGAUCUGUCCCUCGUCUCUCGUUGGAGGUUCGGCGACGUGAAUUGGUGCUCAUGUCUUCUAAAUUACCGAUAAAUGCUCGUCCAAGUGUGUGUGUGUGUGUGUGUGUGUGUGUGUUCUAUCUGGUUUUAAUCGUGGUCCACGUGUGUAGCUUCACCGCCUCGGCCUCGGACACAGACACAGACGCGGGAUUGCAACACUGUAGAUGGAAACGCGAAAGUUCACGCAUCUUUCGUAGCCUUAAGAAUCAUCAAACGACGAGAGGGAAAAAAAUCCACUGGGGGCUUUUGUGACCUGGGCCGAGUUCCUUCGUUCCCCAAGUAGUUUACAUCACACACCUGAGACCAAAGGGCCGUGUGGGACGCUGUGGCUGUUCCCGAUGCCGUGGCGGCCUGGCUAAGUGUUCCUGAGGGCGGGGAGUGUUGGGCUGGGCUUCGGACCCCUCGACUAGUAGUGAAGAGGAAGAAAUAUGAAGAUGAUUUUCUAUACGGAUACUAGAGUUCAACCUUAGAUGCUACAUAGUUUUAUACUUCUAGAGAGAGAAAUAUUCACAAUUAAUAUACAUAAAUCGCCUUUCUGACUAGCUCAUUUCUAUAUAUAUAAGUUUGUACGUACGACCAAUAUAAGAACAUUCUCACUCAAGAUAUUCCUUUAAAUACAAACUUAUAGCAUUCAUAGACCUAAGCUUAUAUUUUUCUAGGUUUAUUUAUGGCAUAGUGUUAUUAACUGUCUUGUCCCUAUGACCCCUAGCAAAGCCGCACCAACCCUCACAACCUCUCUAUAGACUCCCGCUAGAGGACGAACCGUAUCCUCUCACGGCAAAGGUUCACUGACAGUAUAAAAAGACGCGUCAGGUAACAAUGCGCUGCUCUAAGGGGACCGUCGGAGAGAAGAAAGAGGAGGAAAAGGGAAAGGAGAAAGAAGAGGAGGAGGAGGAGGAGGAAAUUAUUCGUUCAUCAGUGUGGAGAUGCGUCAGGUAACAAUUCACUGCUCUAAGGGGACCAUCGAAGAGAAGAAAGAGGAGGAAAAGGGAAAGGAGAUAGAGGAGGAGGAGGAGGAGGAGAUUAUUCGUUCAUCAGUGUGGAGGCGCGUCAGGUAACAAUUCACUGCUCUAAGGGGACCAUCGAAGAGGAGAAAGAGAAGGAAAAGAGCGAGGAGAUAAAGGAGGAGGAGACUUCGGCGAGCAAAGUGGAGACGCCUGACUACACUUGCUCUCACCCUCCCCCCUCCUCCUCUGGCCACCUUCCUCUCCCCACACCAAGUUUAUUUCUGUCCGACUAAUCAAUUCUCAGUAUUUUCAGGACCUGUUAUAGUAAUGCUCAUUUAAUAUUCUUAUGUUCCAAUAAACUGUAAUGGAUGUU